GUGUAUAUAUAUUAGUAUGCACUCCAGUUUCUGCAUUGAUUCAAUUCAGUGAAUGAAAACAUUUUCUCUCAAAUGUUUGUUCAUCUUUAUGUUUUCUUUUGGAUUGAAUUAUAACAUUUUCGGAUGCGCCUAAGUUGAUAGUAUUAGAAGUUUUCCACCAUUAAGCUAAACCCGACCCAGAUCCGACCAUACCCUAACCCAUCCCUACCCACACCCUCAAAACCAAAACCCGCCCAAAUAAGUUGAUAGUGUUAGAAGUCUCACUAAUUUCCCCGUGCUUCGGAAAUCAAAACUACAAGGAGUAAUAUUUAUGGCGGUGACAUUUUUAGGUCGUCAUCUUCCCAGUAACUUCAACUCUUCAGAUACCCCAGAUGCAAGAACGUGCAAGUACACUGGCCAAUCAGUUAGAGCUAUUCCAAUGAGAGUAAUCACAGUAGGAAAGAAACGCUCGCGUGGGGUUCAACUCAUUGUUGAUGAAUAUAAAGAUAAACUUCAACAUUAUUGUGCCAUUGAUGAUGUCUUAAUUCGCUCCAAUCCUAAAAAUGCCCGGGAUAUCAAGGCUCAGAUUGAAGAGGAAGACUUUGCUGUUAUAAACCUCAUCAAGUCCAACGACUGGGUUGUAGUCUUGGAUGAGCAUGGACAAGAUGUGGGAUCAGAGCGUUUGGCUGAGCUUAUCGGAGAUGCAGGCUUGACGGGGGCAUCAAGAAUGAUUUUUUGCAUAGGGGGACCAUAUGGUCAUGGAAAACAGUUACGAAAGCGAGCUAAUGUAUCGUUAAAGUUAUCAUCUUUGGUCUUGAAUCAUCAGAUCGCUUUGAUUGUGCUAAUGGAGCAGUUAUACAGAGCAUGGACUAUUCUCAAAGGCCAAAAAUAUCACCACUAGAAAUCUUGUCUUGCUGCCUGGAGCCCUGGACCAUGUCCUAGCAGGUCACGUAAUACUUCUGUUUCAUGAAACGGUAAGCUGAUAAUCCUUUAUAAAGCGACUGCGACUGGUAUGUAACCGAAUAACCUCAUUUUUAUUCCAUGGUGGAGCAUAAAGGGCUUGACAAUAGACAAGGAGUGUGAUUUGUACUGAACUGCUGACCCUACCAUUCAAAGGCAGAGUUUUUCAGUAGUAUCUAAUGACUAAUAUGUAGUCA